GCAGCCGAAAAAGAACCGAAAAUUCGCAAGAUGAGCAAGAAAAGCACACAGAAUGCAACAAUUACAAGGAAUGAAAGUUCUGCAACUAAUGAAUCUGUGGAAACUGUAGCCGCAUCAACAUGCCAAGAUCCAGAAGCACAAGAUUCUGAUAGAGCAUAG